AUGUCUGGUUGUGAGAAACUGAAAAUGUUUCCAGAAAUCUCAGAGCCUAUGGAACACUUGACAUCUCUUAAUUUAGAUCAGUCGGGGAUUAAAGAGUUGCCAGAGUCAAUUGAAAAUCUAGUAUUCCUCAAAGAAUUAUCUAUGCAUGGAUGCAAAGACCUUGAGUUUCUCCCCAACCGUCUAUCUAAAUUAACGAACCUUGAAACGAUAAGGCUCAACCACUGUUCAAAAUUUCUAAAAUUGCCUUCCCUUCCACCGUCUUUGCUCUACUUGUCUCUGGAUUAUUGUGAGAAAUUGAAAUCUUUACCAGAGCUGCCAUCACUAUGUUUGGAUUUGUAUGCAAGAGGCUGCACGUCACUGGAGAAAAUUUUAAAAUGGAGGGCUCCACUAUUAGACGAUCUGGAUAUUGAUAUCACUGGAAAUAGGGGUGAUUCUGUUCAAACUUUUGACUUUUAUGGAUGUGAGAAAUUGGAACAGAACACAUGCAACACCAUGCUCGAUAAUCGUGCAGUAAUUCAAAUUCUAUCUCGUCUAAAAUUUGUAAAAGCUGGCAACGAUAACAUUAAUGUUCCAGUUUUACGCUAUCCGGGAUAUGAAAUUCCAAAGUGGUUCAGCUAUCAAACUUGUGGGACUUCAAUCAAUAAUAUUAUGCUUCCGCCAUAUUGGAAUAAUGAUGACUUCUUGGCUUUGGCUUUCUGCAUUGUUCUUCGUCGGAAUAAUUGACCCUGAGAUAGACUUCGAUAUUCACUGUGAACUAAAUCUCAAAACUAUCGAUGAUGGUCAUCUUUACAAAUAUCAUGAUUAUUCUUGGUGGGUAUCGGAAAACAAUGUUAGAUCAGAUCACGUGCUCAUAUGGUACGUAGAAAAACGGUUUUUGCAAUAUUCUAAAUGGAAUAUACUUAGCAAAGAAAUGGAUGGACUAAAUUGGCCAUCUACUUGUAGCACUGAGACCUCUUUCCAUGUCUCUCCUUGUUAUUAUGAUAGUGAACAAAUUUUAGACAUUGGAAGUGAUCAAACAAGACAUGGGUAUGGCGAGAUUAAGAAGUUUGGGGUUCGGUUUUUGUACAAACAAGACAUGGAGAGAUGUAAUGCAGAAACUGAAAGUAAGAAUAAGAGACACUUCAAUGAAUGUUGUGAAUCAAGUGGAAGGGAUGCUGUUGACUCUCUUGAGGAAGAAGACUCUGAUCAUGAAUCACAUUCUAAGAAACUAAAAGUUAUAUGACUGUUUAGAAGAUGCAGAGCAAUGGGACGUUGAGGAACCUAAAAAACAUAACAACUUGUGCUACAACUUCAAGAAAUGCUUUGCUACUAAUUAUGAAAUCAUUGUUAGCUCUGAUGUAUAUGGAACAAGAAAAUCAAAAGCAUAUUCUGUGUAUCCUAAGUUUCAGGCUUCGAAGAAAAUGUGUGUGAGCUAUGUAGACACCAUGGCACGUAGCUUCAAAUAAAUGAAUGGUAUAGUAAGUUGGAGAAGUUCUCUCUUCCUCUUGUUUUUCUUCUUAUUUUGGCAUUGCAUUACUUAAUUUUAUAUAUCAAUAUGAAUUUCUUUAAUAACUAUGAACCAUUUUACAUAUG